AUGGGAUCUAUCGUACUCAAAAGUUUGUCUAUCCUUUUGGGAGUAUUUUUUAUAUUCGUCGGCAUAACGAAGCUGACCCCAUUUAUUUCUAAGGAAUUACACAAAGAUUUGAGAAAAGAAUAUGUGAGAUACGCAAAAGUAUUUCCCCUGACAGAAAUGUUAGAUUUAAAAUUACCAUCGAAGUGGUACCGGAGAACAGUCGGAGCUUUAGAAAUAAUAUUUGGUUUAGUCCUGGCACUGAUACCAAGCCAUAAACUGAAAAACGUUGCCAACGUGGGCUUGGUGCUGCUGAUGAUAUUGGCGGCGUAUUCACAUAUAAUGGUGGGAGAUCCGUUCGACCGAUGUGCUCCCGCGUUGGUCUUCUUCUUCAUGUUAAGUGGCCGGCUUGUAGUAUGGUAA